CAUGUAAUUCCAUGAAACUCGAGGCAUUCUAAUCGCGAUCUUCUUUCUUGGUCUUCUACUCGCUCAUCAAGGUGGUCACAUUCAUCCUCAAGCUCUUCUACAAGUUCUUCUAGGUUCUGAAUUUUUUUUUGUUGUUUUUUAACUAAAUCUUGAGUGGAAUUAGGAGUGUUGUUGAUGGAAUCAAAUUUGUCAGAUAAAAAUUUCUGACUGUCUUUAAGUUCAGUCUGGAGGCUAUCGUACCAAGUUCGGUUAUCAUUUCUUUCAUAGAUGAAUUUAAAAUACGUUGGAAACUGCUGAUGGUGACAUGAGAAGAAUCUGAUGGACUAGAUGGUGAUUGUUUGGUGACCAAACAUUCGUCAAUCAUCGAAGUUAAUUGUAUAAGAACAUGGCGAAGGAUUGUGCUGGUUAUAACUGCCAUAAGAGUACUGUCUUCAUCCUGUGAUGUACUUGGAGAUUCAGGAUUAAGUCGUUUUGAAGUAUCCAUAGUGUAUAUCGGAUGAUGUUCGAGUGAUACAGAAGAAUGGUCAUGAAAUAAUAGUCUGCUCUUUGUUCUUCAGUGCAGGCAGACAAAGCAAUACAUUAAUUAUAAGUUACUAGUUAGUUAAAUUAGCCUAUUUCCAUCUUAAACAGCGAAUAAUGAAAUCCUCAAAUUUACUGAUAUUUUUAUCUAUAGGAUUGCUGCUGUAUAUGCUUUAAAUCAGAUAAUGCCUCGAUUAGUCAGUUUUUUUGUUUCAUAAGUUUCUGUUUUAAUAGAUAUCCUUAGUUAUCCUUGAACAAUGGUUUUUGAACCCUCAUGUCAAACAAGUUUACUGCUUGGCCAUCAUACCUUCAAUAUUAAGAUUUUGUGUUUUAAAAGUGCAGAACCUAUUCACCAAUAGACAAAUACAACUUUAUUAUUUUUAAAUUAAAGGUUUAUAAUGGUUACUGAUAGCCUUUUUUCUAUAGUUGCUGUACUCCAUCACUCAAGGUUAAGUCUAUAUGAGAUAAUUAUUAGAGAAUUUCUGUAUUAUACCAGUAACAAUUUAUCCAUGGGGUUCUCUUUAUUCAGUGUAUUUGUGGAACAAUAUUAUUCGUCCUGAAUCAGAGAUUUAUAUAGGAAUAUGUUUUAGCACCUUAAUGUGAACCACUUUGACUAUCAUUAAUUGAAACAAACAGUUGCUGUCCCAUUUACCUAAGAACAAAUACCAAUGCAGAUUUGUUUGGGUGUAUGUUAUACUUAUUUAAUAAUGCAGAUUUAUCUUAUAUUUAAGUUUUCUCUGGACAGUUUUAUUUACUGUACUUAGCCAGUUGAAAUUUAUGAUUCGCUUUAAGCACUGCUAUUUUGCUCCAUAUAAAUAUACUGUUUUGUUGAAGUGAUUCCUUACUGAGAUGCUGUAUAAUUAAGUAGGCUAGCGUGAUAGAGUAGCUUUUAGUAGUCUUCAGAUAACAAAAUUCAAUUAACUUUAUUAUAUGAGAUAGAAUAGGAUUGACAAAUUUUUCCUGGGCGAAAGAAAAGCCGAUAAGACAGCCUAAUCAUAUAGCCAACCACGGCCCCUUGUACAGCAGUACAGUUAGCAGGUCCAUGUCAGAUAUGGGAUUAGUUAUCCAGUCGGUUAUUUCAGAUGCACUUGAUGGUGGAGAAAGACGACCAACCUACGGCAGCGAGUAGUUCAGUAUUCUUUUCAAAAUGAUGAUUCUCAUGAUAAAUCAAAAAUAAUUAAAUAAUAAAUACAACUUUUGGAUAUUUUCUUGAAAAUUAAAUUCAAGAUCAGAAUUCUUCUUUCAUUUUAAAACUUAAUUUUGCAUGUUACAAAAACUACAUUUUGUUAAAAGUAAAGUCCAUUACAAAAGACAAAACAAACAGUUAUGCGUGUCACAAGAAGAUAGUAAACAAGAAUUUUUAUUAAGUGGCCUUAUACAAAGAGUGGUUUGUUUGCAUUGAUUCAGCUGAGAUUUCAAAUUUUUAAAGUGUUCAGACCCCUUAUCAAUACAUAAUGACAAUACAAACAUGAUAUUUCACAGUUCUAUGGUCUAGUUUGUUGAGCUAUGUUUCAUUUAUGGUUGUUUGUGAGCUGAACUGGUAAGGUCAAAGCUAACUUCUAAUAGAUAGAUACAUUAAUGUUUGCAGUUCACGCUCGCUAAUUAUAAUUUUCAUAUCUCAGUUUAGUGAGUGUACGAAGAUGAAUUCACAAGUAAUAGACCAGGCUAGAGCAAAACAGUCAGACCGUCUCAUGACAUCAUAUGACAGGUUCAAAGAGAAAGGAUUUCUUUGCGAUUUCAACAUCAACGUUGGUGAGAAAUCAUUCCGAGUGCAUCGUACUGUCUUGGCAGCCUCUUCAGAAUACUUUGAAGCAAUGUUUUCAAGCAACUUGAAGGAAGUUCAUGAUGGUCACGUUAAUAUGAAGGAUGUCGAUCAGGAUGGGAUCGCACAAUGCGUAGAGUUCAUGUAUAAAGGAAAAGCAGAUUUGAAAAUAAAAAACAUUCAGCAUAUCCUUCAUGCUUCCCAUCUUUUACAAAUGAAAGAAUUAACAAAUCUUUGUUUUCAAUUCUUGAAAAUUGAGAUUUCUCCUAUAAAUUGUCUCUCUGUAAUCAACUUGGCUCAAAUGUAUGAUCGCCAUGAUAUAAAACAACAAGCCGAACAGGUCGUGAUUGAUAAUUUCCAAUCUGUUAUUUCUUCCAAAAUGUUUCCAUUCAUCACCAAAUCAGAUCUCUUGCGUUACAUGAGAAAUGAGACUUGCCAAACAUCAUGGAAAGCCGUGGUGGCAUGGGCAAAUGGAAAAAAUAACGUAGAUAUUUCUGAACUUGUAUGCAUCGAUCAAAUUCCCUUCAAAUUUCUUCUGGAAACCGUCCUUAAAGAACCCAUUGUUGAAAACAAUAAAACAGCUAAGAAAUCGGUAAUUACUGCAUUAUUUUCUGAUGCUAAAAAACUCGAGAAAAACCUUGAUAUUGACAACUGCUUUACAUUGAAGAAUCUUUUUGAAACCAAUCUAGUUCCUGAACAAACGGCAGUUAAGGAUACCAUUACCGGAUUUUUGGAGACAAAUUUUGAAAAAAUUAGUAAGAAAAAUGAAUUUCUGGAUAUCAGCAAGGAUGACAUACUAAGGCUUUUCAAAUCUUCAGUCACAAAGUAUACUUCGGAGGCUGUCAAAUAUGAGUCGAUGAUGAAAUGGGUGAAAUACGAUGUCAAAAACAGAAGAAAAAUCUUCCAAGACUUGUUUAGUUUCAUUAAAGUCAAAGAUUUAUCUCUCAAGUUUCUAAAAGAGACAGUUCGACUCGAACCUUUAGUAAGAAAGUCAGACAAGUGUUAUGAUCUAGUAGUGGAUGAAUUCAUAUAUAGAGCAUCUUCAAAAGAUGAAGAAAAACCAAAUGCAGAUAAUCCCUUGACUUUACCAGAUUCAAAAUCUUCAGAGGAUGACGAGGAAGGAUCUUCUGCCGUUGGAUGUGCAUCGGGUUAUGGCACUGUCAGUUCCAGACUACCUAAUGAAGGUGCAGAAUCUCACUCUUCAAAUCAAAGUACUUCUGGUCUAAGAAUUAUCAAUCAACAACCGCCUGAUGGGAAGCUGUCAUGGGAUUUCUUGCAAGAAUUACUGCCAGGAUAUGAAAGAAUGGGUGCUAUUGUCAUCACCUACUCAUUUCCUGCUGGAAGUCUGAAGGGAAUUUCAUAUGAGGCACAAGAUUUUGCUGAAUAUUUGCCAAAUACUAAUGAUGGAUGGAUAUGUCUCAACUUACUCAAUCAAGCAUUCAUUGCAGGAUCGAUUUUCAAGAUUCAAGAAGUUGGUAAUAGAAGAGGAAAUCUUGUUUGGAGCGAUGAUAUUCCUCAUAAGACUAAUAAUACUGAAGGACCUGAGAACAAUGGUUAUCCUGAUCCGAACCAUACAAUGAAACUGAUAGAAGCAUUGGAGGUAAAAGGAUUUGUGUUUGAUGUAUCAAUACCGAAAUUCUGGAGAGCAAACUUGAGAGAUUUCCUGCAACACUGAUUGCACCUGCAUAGGAUAGUGAACUUUGAUAUUGAACUUGCCUUCAUUAAAACUGCAUCAAAGACCGAAACAAUAAUUCCAUUGCAGCUGUUAUGCUAAUGAUGAUUUAAUCAAAUAUUAUAAAUGAUGAAGCAAUAAAACUAUAAAUAUUCUGAUAAAAUUUAUUAAUCAGAAUUGUAUUCGUGCAAUUUUUAUAUCGGCCUAAUUUUGUAAUGACAGAUCCUGAUAUAAGUAAAAACAUGCUCACUCUCUGCCAAUCAUCAGUGAUAACAGCAGAAUAUUCACCAUACCAAAGCAAUUCUUAGAUUGUCCAAUUUUGUCCUGAAGACAUAAAAAAUGCGUUUUUAAAAAUUAUAUUGAAAUCAAAAUUCAGAGCAUUUUCAACUAUUUUUGUGGCUAUCAUUGCCUUGAACAAGACACUGAACAGCAUUACACUGAUGACUAUAUCUAAAGAAAGUUAACUUGCGAAAUUUUUACCUUUUUAAGCUUCCGGGUCCUGAAGUCCUAAACUGCCUUAAAUUGUUUAGGAAAUAUCACCAUUUUGAGCAGUAUUCAUUCAAUUUUUGUGUGUUUUUGUGAGAACCACUUCAAACAAGGCUUCAGACAAACAGCAACUGAUAUGUUCCGAGCAACAAUGUUUCUUGAAAUAACUGGAAUAUUUUGAUUAAGCAUGGUGGGCCUAUAUUACUACAAACUGGAUGAAGUGGUGUGCAUGGGAUUUGAACUUAAAAAAAUCAUUAUUGGGCAGUGCGAUAUUAAAGUGUUAGACUUACUAUGUUGGCUUCUCAUGUUGAACAUCUCUGGUUGAAAUCCCAUUCC